AAUUACCUACUAUGUGAUAAAAUUGUAAUAACUUUUUUUUAAUAUCACCAGUCAUUGGUUAGUUGAUAAUUAUUCUUUCAUUUAUGCCUAAUUAAACGUAGUUAAGUAAGCAUACCUAGCCUUGUUGAUGUGCUUAGAGCACGAAUUCGUACUUGAGACCAGGCACUGCAAGGCACAACACACGUAAGAGUAAUGACUGACAGGAAUAAGAAACUAUCACGAUGGUACUUCGGUGGUCUGGCAUCAGCCGGUGCGGCCUGUGUCACCCACCCCUUAGACCUGUUAAAAGUACAACUACAAACACAGCAAGAGGGAAAAAUUUCUAUAGUGAGACUAACAGCAAACAUCAUUAAGAAACAAGGUGUCACCGCAUUGUACAAUGGACUCUCAGCUUCUUUGUGUCGACAAUUAACAUACUCCACAACUCGUUUUGGUAUAUACGAAGUGGCGAAGCAAACUGUGCAAUCAUCCGGGAACGAACCAAGCUUCGCUACCAAAGUAUCAAUGGCAGCCUGCGCAGGUGCAGCUGGGGGGUUUGUAGGAACACCCGCCGACAUGGUUAACGUCCGUAUGCAGAAUGACAUCAAACUACCAUUAGAAAAGCGAAGAAAUUAUAAGCACGCCUUGGACGGUUUACUACGCGUGUACAAAGAAGAAGGCCCCAAACGACUAUUCUCAGGUGCGAGCACAGCGACUAGCAGAGCAAUUUUCAUGACAAUUGGACAGUUAUCUUUUUACGAUCAAGUCAAGCUUUUCUUACUCAAAGCGGGGCUCGGAGAUAACGCGGCCACUCACUUUCUCUCCAGUCUGACGGCUGGUGCAAUAGCGACGACCUUAACACAACCGCUCGAUGUGUUAAAAACAAGAGCAAUGAACGCAAAGCCGGGAGAAUUCAAGGGAAUGCUAGAUUUAAUUCUCUACACCGCAAAAUUGGGGCCGUUGGGCUUCUUCAAGGGCUACGUUCCUGCCUUCGUCAGGUUAGCGCCGCAAACUAUUCUGACGUUCGUAUUUUUGGAGCAGUUACGUUUAAAUUUCGGUUUUUUGCCAAAACGAGACAUUUUACCACAGUAAAAGGUUGCCUAGCUAAUUUAUACAUUCCGUUAUUGCAAUAUUAGGGUCUAAUUAUAUACAAAGGAUUUAUUUGUCACUACGUGUGCAAAGAUAAAGAAUAUUUUUUUGUUACUUUUAUCGUUAGUACCUCUAUUGGUGCCAAUCAAAUUAGCAAAAUAUUUUUAUGCAAUAAGUGUUAUAUGUGAUUCUUAAUAAUUUUACAAUUGUGGUUGUCCACGACUUUGUUUAUAUUUGCAUUUACUCGAAUUAAAAUAUUACUAGCGUAGAAUACUUUUUAAAAGUAUUAGAAAUUGUUAUCAAAUUGGUGAAUGUAAGCAAUAGUUUAUACUCAUGGUUUUUAGUUUAUUUUAUAUGACAAAAAUUAUUUAUGACAAUUGUUGACUUUGUAGAUGAAAAAUGUAAACAAAACUAUUAAUAAAAAUGUAAACAAAAAGUUAAA